GCACUGUAGACUUCAAAGUUGAUCGCCAUAUCUGAACGAGCAUACAUUUUGCCUUCACAUUAUGGCCAUAUUCUGGAGCCUCCCGAUUGUCGAGUGAUCGUAUCAUAUAAUGCCGCACUCCGGGAACGAACAUGUUCUUGAGGCAAUAAUGCAUCUGCCUGAACAGUUUCUGCACGUAUUUGAACAUGCAAGCGACGCGGAAUACUUGCAAAAUUUGACGAAAGGCGCACUCGACCCGUCGUACUCAUACAUUUUGCUGGCACAUUGCGAGGAUCAAUUUGCUUACGUCUGCGCCAAUUUACGGCGACAUGGCAGUUUCGCAGCGACUGUCGGCGCCCUUGGUCGGAUCGUGCCAUUCGCGACCUUCCUGACCCCAUGUGCUGUCCGAGUGCUGGAACAGGAACAUGCAUCGUUUGAAAUAGGUGCAGAUCAGGCCGAGACUGCCCUGUAUCUGCUAGGCAUAUAUCGACUUUUAAAGAGCAACAAAAAUGCUUUCCGCAAAUACAUAAAUGCAGCAGCAUUGAGCGCUCGUCUGGGACAUGCAGACAGACCAGUCACGAACCUCAUUAUCCGGAUCUUGCAGCUGUAUCUGAACGCUGCAGAUUGCUGGUACGGAACCAUGUUGACCAGAUAUCUGGAUCACAAUUCAACAGCAGCCAAGAUGGAAGGCCCGUGGGACGAGAAAACCAUUGAUUACAGAUUCCUCACAUUAUGGGAAGAGGAUCGUAGCGAUGUCGUGCGGGCACUGUGCGCAAACGUAAGCGCAGAUCCCUCAAGUGUACCAGAAGCACUUCGUCGCGCAAUCAAGCUCGAGCAUGUUGAUGCUCAUACCUGUGCUCUUGGCGGCGUCAUGUUUCCCCGAGAUAGUUUGAUCGAUUAUGAGAAUGAUCACAGGGAGGCUCUUGUGAAAACUUACACAACUGCGUCCAAUACAAGAAGCCUCGCGUGCGCUUUGAAAUGCCAAAAGUCAGUACUGAUUACAGGUCCUACCGGAUCCGGAAAGACCUUGCAAGUCCACCACGCGGCUGCAAAGCUGGGUAAACUGGAUAGCAUGAUUACGCUACAUCUGAACGAGCAGAGCGAUGCCAAGCUUCUUCUCGGUGUUUACACCACAGGGGUGACGAUUGGAUCAUUCACAUGGAAGCCUGGUGUUUUGACGACCGCAGUUCAAGAAGGGCGAUGGGUGCUCAUUGAGGACCUAGAUCGGGCGCCGACCGAAGUAAUCGGCACUCUACUUCCCCUCAUUGAACGAAGGACGCUUUCAAUUCCCAAUCGCAGGGAAACAAUCCAUGCUGCACAAGGUUUCCGCAUUCUGGCCACGAUUCGCACCACAUUAAAUCACAAAGGGGAAGAGAUCCGCCCGUCAAUGCAUAUGCUUGGGACGAGGCACUGGACAUGCAUUAACCUCUCGCUACCGAGCCACGCUGAGCAUUCUACGAUCGCGCACGCUCUCUACCCGACAAUGAGUCCUUUCCUUCCGCAAUUCAUGUCGGUCUAUGAGCGGGUUGUCCAGACGAGUCGAAGUACCCUGUCAGACCAGAAAAGAGGAAUGGUAGCUCGUGAGAUCAGCCCACGAGAUCUUUUGAAGUGGCUGAAGCGUGUUUCAACGCUUUUGAGCCACCGCACUUCCUACAGCAGUAACGACAUCGAUUCGGGAUUCCUCGAAGCGAUGGAUUGUUUUGCUGGAUUUCUUCCGGACGGUACAGCACGCCAGACACUCGCAGCGUCAAUCGCCGAGGAACUUCAAAUAGACCCCCAGCGUCGUGACUUUUUGCUUGAGCGAAGAGAAGUGUCGUAUCAGAUUGCUAAAUCGGGUCUUAACAUCGGACGAUAUAGCUUGGUCGCGUCGCAUUCUGUGCGGCGGUCGGAUACUCCAUUCUCUACGAGUCCACAUACGACCCGUAUGCUCGAGCGAGUGGCAGCUGCCGUGAUAAACCGUGAACCGCUUCUCCUUGUUGGAGAGACCGGUGUCGGAAAGACGACCGCGGUGCAACACCUUGCGAGCAAUCUUGGCAAAAAGCUAGUAGCUUUCAACCUCUCUCAGCAGAGUGAAGCAGGAGAUCUCCUUGGUGGGUUCAAACCAGUAAAUGCGCGCAGUCUCAUGAUUCCUCUGAAGGAAGAGUUCGAUGACCUUUUCGAAGAAGGUUUCAGUGCUACCAAAAACCAGCAAUUUCUGCAACUGCUUGGAAAGCAGACCGCCAAAGCCAAUUGGCGUGCAGUUUGUAAGCUCUGGAGAGAGGCGCUCAAGAUGGUUGAGAAACAGAAACAGCAACAGCUCGCUUCGCCAACUCGUGAAGGAGAGACGCCAAACAAAAAGCGCAAGGUAGAUUCCAAGCGUUUCAUUGACUUUGCUCGCUGGGAAAGUUUCACGCACAAGAUGACGACCGCUGAACGAAGCAUAGCCGGCGCAAGCGAUGCAUUUCUAUUCAGCUUCAUUGAAGGAAAUAUAGUGAAAGCUGUCCGCAACGGAGACUGGAUCUUGCUGGACGAGAUCAAUCUUGCUUCUUCGGAUACACUGGAGUCAAUAUCCGACCUACUUGCUUCAGAAUCACCUUCCAUCCUCCUAACCGAAGCCGGAAAUAUUGAAAGAAUUGAGGCACAUCCCGAUUUCAGAGUGUUUGCUGCCAUGAACCCUGCAACUGAUGUUGGGAAGAAAGAUCUCCCUCCGGGCAUCCGCUCUCGGUUUACGGAAAUUUAUGUCAAUAGUCCGGACAAGGAUCUGAAAAGCCUGCAAAGCAUCGUGGCAGCGUAUCUUCGCCAGGAAAUCACUUCCGAUCCAGCGCUUGUCACCGACAUCAGUGUGCUUUACCAGACAAUCAUUGCCCUUACCGAUGAAAACCGACUUGUUGAUGGUGCCGGACAAAAGCCACACUUUUCACUCCGCACUCUGACAAGGACGCUAAGCUUCGCGAAGCGCAUACAUCAUCUCUGCAGCCUGCGCCGUGCCGUUUAUGAAGGAUUCCAGAUGAGCUUCGUGACAUUUCUGGACGUUGAAUCUGCAGGUGUCGUGCGUCCUAUAAUUGAAAGGUCGAUUUUUUCAAAGCGCACCAAUGUUGCAGCUGACCUGCGCAAACCGCUACGAAAGCCGUCGGACGAGCACUGCUACGUGCAGGCCUAUCCUGGUAGCAAACAUUGGAUUCGUUGCGGGGAGAAAGAACAGGAAGAACAAUCACACUAUAUCUUCACACCUUUCGUCGAAACGAAUCUGGAAAAUCUUGCAAGGGCCUCAAGCACAAGACAAUUCCCUGUUUUGAUACAAGGUCCAACCUCCAGCGGCAAGACUAGUAUGAUAGAAUAUCUCGCCAAACGCACUGGCCAUGAAUUCGUACGAAUCAACAACCAUGAACACACCGACUUGCAAGAGUAUCUGGGCACUUAUGUUUCAGACUCGAACGGCCGACUUCAUUUUCAAGAGGGUGUUCUGGUGAAGGCGUUGCGUGAAGGUCAUUGGAUAGUGCUCGAUGAGCUUAACUUAGCACCCACCGACGUCCUGGAAGCGCUCAAUCGACUUUUGGAUGAUAAUCGGGAGCUUUUACUGCCAGAGACGCAGGAGAUUGUUCGUCCACAUCCGGAGUUCAUGCUCUUUGCCACACAGAACCCAGCUGGUCUGUACGGCGGUAGAAAGCAAUUAUCUCGAGCCUUUCGCAAUCGGUUCCUUGAGCUCCACUUUGAUGACAUCCCGAUUAAUGAGCUGCAGGAAAUUCUUCACAAAAGAACCAAACUCCCCGAGUCUAGAUGCAAGAAAAUUGUCGACGUGUAUAUUGAGUUGGCGACCUUACGGCAAGAGAAUCGAUUAUUCGAGCAUAAAAGCUUCGCAACACUGCGUGACUUGUUCAGAUGGGCUCUGCGAGACAACAGUACGAUCGAACAAUUGGCACAGAAUGGAUACAUGCUACUUGGUGAAAGAGUCCGGAAGACAGAGGAACGUUCCGCUCUGAAGACUAUCCUCGAGAAAGUUAUGAGCAGGAAAGGACCUAAGGUUCUCAUUGAUGAUGAUAUCCUUUACUCGACCACUUCCAAUGAGAUCAGACAGUUUCAGGCCAGUCCUGUCGCUCUGCCCAUUGUUUGGACUCGAGCCAUGCGCAGAUUGUAUGUUCUUGUUGUCCGGGCCAUUCAAAACAACGAACCUGUUCUGUUAGUCGGUGAGACUGGUUGCGGCAAAACAACCGUCUGUCAACUACUCGCAUCUGCAGUUCAACAGCGUCUGCAUGUCGUCAACGCGCAUCAGAAUACAGAGACCGCCGAUCUGAUAGGUUCGCAGCGGCCUGUUCGGAAUCGAGCUUCCAUCGAAACGGCGCUCCGACAGCUUUUGCAGGAAGUUCCUAUGGUAGUAGCCAACGACGAGACCCUGGGGUCAACGGAUGCGCUUCUUCGUGAAUAUGAUCAAUGGCUCUCAAGUUUGAGCGAGACGGCGAACGCAGCUCAGGUCAUCAGUGAGCAACAUGUUCAAAUUCACCUUCUGCGCACACGGUACAAGGCGCUCUUCGAAUGGGUCGACGGUAGUCUUGUACAAGCAAUGAAGGAGGGCAGCUUCUUUCUGCUCGACGAGAUCUCACUUGCCGAUGAUUCGGUCUUGGAGCGCAUCAAUAGCGUGCUGGAACCCCAGCGCACCAUUUUGCUGGCCGAAAAGGGCAGCAUGGACGCCUCCAUCGUCGCUUCCGCUGGCUUCCAAUUCUUUGCCACAAUGAAUCCGGGCGGUGACUACGGAAAAAGAGAACUGUCGCCUGCGUUGCGAAAUCGUUUCACCGAGAUCUGGGUUCCAUCGCUGUCAAGCCACGAGGAUAUCCUAGACAUUGUUGAUGCGAAAAUCAAUGUCGCUGCUAAGCCAUUUGGUACUGCAAUAGUCAAUUUUGCGACAUGGUUUCGGAGCAGGUAUGAUACGUCUGUCACCUCUUCGAUAUCUAUCCGUGAUACAUUGGCAUGGAUAGAUUUCAUCAAUGCCUACGCCAGUGUCGAUCCAAGGGCCGCCUUUGUCCAUGGUGCUGCCAUGGUUUACGUUGACACGCUUGGUGCCAAUCCUGCAGGUUUUAUGUCAUUGGCCAUGUCAGACCUGGAUGAAGAGCGUCAGAUCUGCAUUCGGAAGCUGGGCCAAUUGGCCGCGCUCGACACUGUUGCCAUUUACAACCAAAAGAUCGAUGUUAGCUCAGACCACACUCACUUCCGCAUCGGCCCCUUCGGCGUUGCCAGAAGUCUCGUGCACGAGGGCGCAGAUCCUCAAUUUACCUUCGAGCCUACUACCACCAAAAUAAAUGCUUUACGAGUGCUGCGGGCUUUGCAACUCACCAAACCGAUCAUGUUGGAAGGCAGCCCGGGCGUCGGCAAAACCGCAUUAAUUACAGCGAUCGCCGCCGCUGCCAGGAUGCCCCUGACCAGGAUUAAUCUUUCAGAUCAAACAGAUUUACUGGAUCUUUUCGGAGCGGAUGCCCCGGUAGAAGGCGCUCAAACCGGGACAUUCUCCUGGCGAGAUGCACCAUUUUUACAUGCUAUGAAGAAGGGUGAAUGGGUGUUACUCGAUGAGAUGAAUCUGGCCUCGCAAGCAGUGCUCGAAGGUCUGAACGCAUGUCUUGACCACAGAGGAGAGGUCUUCAUCCCUGAACUCGGACAAACUUUCACGAGGCAUCCCGAUUUCAGAAUAUUUGCAGCCCAAAAUCCCCAUCAUCAGGGUGGCGGACGCAAAGGCCUACCGGCCUCAUUUGUGAAUCGGUUUACUGUUGUAUUUGCUGACGUUUUCAGUGCAGAUGACCUUGCGCUAAUUUGUCGCCGCAAUUACCCGACCAUCGGGUUGUCGUACAUCGAGAAAGUGGUGAGCUUUGUUUCUGACCUCACGACUGAAGUCUCUGAGCGCAAGCGAUUCGGAUUGGCAGGCGGCCCGUGGGAAUUCAAUCUCAGAGAUGUCUCGCGCUGGUUGAGUCUUGCAGCCUCAUCUCAAGGAGUCUUGAGUGCGGCGUCGCCUCGUGAUAUCGCGCAGAUGCUUUUCACAUCUCGCUUCCGCUCGACAGGAGAUCAGGCCUGCGUAAAUGAUCUCUUUGCGACUAUCUUUCCAGACGAUGUGAAUGAGUUUUCGCUCUUCUGCAACAGCUCACACUCGAUGCUUCAGGUAGGUCUGGGAGUCCUCCCAAGAAAUACAUUGACCGCAGAUUACCAGACGUUCGCUGCUCAGUCUUUGACCGGUGAACAACUUCGCGCCUUGCAAUGGAUCAUGGUCUGUGUACAACAAUGCUGGCCCGUGAUACUGGUAGGGCCGACCGGCUCGGGUAAAACCUUGCUAGUUGAGCAUUUGGCUGCUGUAACAGGCACCUCGCUUGUCACAAUCGCGAUGAAUGCGGAUACAGAUGCGAUAGACCUCAUUGGAGGCUACGAGCAAGUUGACACAAGUCGGCAUGCAACUUCCUCCCUGCUAGAAUUCUGUAAGGCUCUCUCUCGAUUCUGCAAAGAUGUCAUCAUCGACGGCACAAGUUCCCAGAUCGUUGAGAUUCUGAUUGCGCUCCAAUCUGCCGAACUAUGUCAGAGUGACCACAAGCGGUUGGCCGAUCUUAUACAGCGCUUACCAGCCACUUUGCGAGCGGACGCCGAGCAUAUACUCGAACUAUUCUCGAAUUCGGCAGACGCGGAAAAGGCGAGGUUCGAAUGGGUUGACGGUCCUUUGAUAGAGGCUAUGAGUCUAGGCCAGUGGGUAGUUCUGGACAACGCAAACUUGUGUAGUCCUUCAGUUCUCGAUCGACUCAAUUCCUUACUUGAACCAAACGGUGUGUUGAGCAUCAAUGAGCAUAGCAAUGCCGAUGGAACACCCCGCAUCAUCAAGCCUCAUCCAAACUUCAAAGUGUUCCUCACUGUAGACUCGCGGUUUGGAGAACUUUCGCGUGCCAUGCGCAACCGUGCUGUUGAGUUGCAUCUUUCACCUGCGUAUCCCCUGGUGCCACUGACAUGCGAGCCUCUCGCCGCAGAAUCAGCCAUGGCACGAUUUCGAGUUGUUGGCAGACAUGCGUCGGAUGCCAAGUUCACAUCGACGGUCAACGGUUCAAUCCUGCGCGAUCAUCUCGCUUUCAGCGAUGGAGCUGCCGUGAAGGAUUUCGGGCAAGAAAUUGAUCGCUCGCUGUUCUCCAGAAACAUUCAAUCGGAGGCUGGAACUGCUAACUUAGCCAUCAAUAGCUUUGUGUUUGAUGAAGCAGUACUCGAGCAGAUUCUAUCAUUCCAUCAGGAAAACGCCGAAAACAUGGGCCUUCCCUCAGACUUUGCAUACGUCCAGGUUGGUUACCUUUUGAAGCACUGUUGUCUCCUUCUGCAGCUGACAGUACGUGUCCACUAGACCAUCCAUCCUCUCAACAAUGAGUACUUUACAGGGCAAUCCGAUUUGGUUCGUCGACGAGCGUCAAUCCUUUCCGCAAAACUUGAACUCGGUCUGAUGUCUGGCAACCUUAAAAAUCGCCUCAAAUCGAUGAAAGUGAACAAACAAGUAAUAGACAGGCUCUCGCGUAUCGCACGCCUGGACGGAAGGCAACUGAAGGAUGCUACGAUAAGAGAUGCAAUUGCCGCUUAUGUUGAUAUGAUUCGUGGCUGGAUCUCAGAUGCCGCCUCUGAUCAAAAUGAUCAUAUUAUCCUGGUUCGUAGAAAUCCAUGGUGGCUGGCAUUUGGU